CCGCCCUUCAUCUGCUUCAAUUUGUCCCGAAGUCUAAACAGUGUUGUACUCUCUGACGAGAUAUACAAACAAAAACGCGGUUCAGGCACUGGACUGACGGAAGGGGUCCAAUAUGAAAUCUCAUUGCCCUUCGUUUUCUUUAGCAUUUCUAGCCGCUUGUUUACUACUUGGUACUCUUUGCACGGUGAGGGGGGAUUACUGCGAGGUGAACAUCUGCCUGAACGGGGGGACCUGUGUGACCGGUGUGGGAGAGGCCCCCUACUUCUGCAUCUGUGCCGACGGGUUUACGGGAGACGUCUGCAACGCUACCGAGACCGGUCCCUGCAGCGCUAACCCCUGUAAGAACAACGGCGUGUGCGAGGCCACCAGCAGCUUGCGGCGUGGGGACGUUUUCACCGAGUACGUCUGCAAGUGCCAGCCCGGCUUCGACGGCGUCCACUGCCAGAACAAUGUGAAUGACUGCGCUUCACAGCCCUGUCAGAAUGGAGGCACCUGCUACGACCUUGAGGGGGAUUAUAACUGCAGAUGCCCCUCGCCCUAUGUCGGGAAGCACUGCCAACAGCGCUGCAUCUCUCUGCUGGGGAUGGAGGGCGGAGGCAUCGCGGAGUCGCAGGUCUCCUCCUCCUCCGUGCACUACGCCAUGCUGGGCCUGCAGCGCUGGGGCCCCGAGCUCGCUCGCCUCAACAACAAGGGCAUGGUGAACGCCUGGACCGCCGCCUCGCACGACAAGAACCCCUGGAUAGAGGUGAACCUGCAGAGGAAGAUCCGCCUGACGGGCAUCAUCACGCAGGGCGCCAGCCGCCUGGGCACCGCUGAGUACAUCAAAGCCUUCAAGGUGGCCCACAGCUUCGACGGCAGCAGCUACACCGCCUUCAGGGCCGAGGGCCAGAGGAAGGAGAAGGUCUUCGUGGGGAACGUCGAUAACGACGGCAUCAAGACCAACCUGUUCGACCCGCCCAUCGUGGCUCAGUACAUCCGCGUGGUUCCCAUGGUGUGUCGCAAGGCCUGCACCCUGCGCAUGGAGCUGGUGGGCUGUGAGCUGAACGUGUAUUUAAACACGGCAGGUUGCUCUGAGCCCCUGGGCGUGAAGUCUCGUCUCAUCUCCGACAGGCAGCUCACCGCCUCCAGCAGCUUCCGCACCUGGGGCAUCGACGCCUUCACCUGGCAACCUCACUACGCCCGGCUGGACAAGCAGGGCAAGACCAACGCCUGGGCGCCCGCCACCAACAGCAGGACGGAGUGGCUGCAGGUGGACAUGCAGACGCCUAAACGGGUGACGGGAAUCAUCACUCAGGGAGCCAAAGACUUCGGAGCGGUGCAGUUUGUCACCGCCUUCAAGGUGGCCUACAGCGACAACGGCAAGUCCUGGAGCGUAGUUAAGGACGACAAGACGAGGACGGACAAGAUUUUCGAAGGCAACAGCGACAACAACGUGCACCAAAGGAACAUGUUCGAGGCCCCCUUCUACGCGCGUUUCGUGCGCGUGAUCCCGUGGGAGUGGCACGAGCGCAUCACUCUUCGCAUCGAGCUCCUGGGCUGUGAGGACUAAAGACCUGUCCCCAAACCCCAACCCCCACACCAGCCCCCGCACCUUCUAUCCAUUCCUCACCACACCCUUUUUACUGAGCUCCACACACCUGCUGCCUCUGCUGCACUAUGGCACCAGCACUUCACAACUUCUUACCUGAUAAUGUACAUUACAUGGGCUCAAACACAUUCUCAGUCUCUCACAAAAUGGAUGAUAUCUAUCUUAAAUCUGUAUUUCCAUGCUAAGAAACUAGCACAUGGUGCUAAUGUACGGAUUCCCUUACCCCUGCUCUGUGGUACGUUGUCCAUGUGAUUUUCCGGUGUUCUUCAUUGAAAAUUGUUUUGUUUUUUUAUUAUUUGGAUUUUCCACGCCAAAUUCAAGGUGGAAAGGGUCUAAUAAUGCUUUACUUAGUCAUGAAACUGUGCUAUUUUUGCAUCCAAAGAUGAGGGGUAAAUGAUUCAAACACCAUAUUUGUACUCAGGUUCUUGUGUUAAACUCCUGCUGUUGUUUUGUUACAAUUACAGUGAGAGCAGUUGUGUAGUUUGAGCAGUCAGUUCAAACUACAGUAUUUUUAGUAUUUUCAGAAAUGUUCUUAUAAUUAUAAGGCUACUUUUGCUCUAGUUUUUCAUAAAGGUAAUAUUUUGGUUUUCUUCAAAUGCACCUGUAUCAGGAAGGUGUCAUUUGAUGGUUGUUCUCAGAGCACAAUGAAGGAGAAUACUUUUACUUUAACUUCUGUGUUUCUUUUCUUUCCCCCUAAUUGUGAAUGCUCAACAGCAUUGUGCUGGCUGUGUGCUCUGUGCUGUGUGCUCAGGCAGGCUGUGUGCUCAGUGCUGUGUGUGCAGGCAGCUGCUGCAGGCUACAGGUCCUGAGCACAGUCAUGGCGUCAGAAAGUUCAACUCCACGCACAGCCAGCACACAGAUUUCAGGUGCCCAGUCAUAUCACAGGAGAUGCUGCUGUGGCAACGUGAGACCAUGGCAAUCUCUCCAAAUAUAACCUGUAUAAUGCUGCGGCCAGUCAGGCACAGAUCUGCCCACAGUGGUACAAUCAUGAUGUGAGAUGGAGCCAUGCACUAGAUGCCAGUGCAUUAGUGUGUUCACUCACCCAGCAGCCUCUGUGUGUUUGUGUCAGGUAAACCUGCGCAGGAGAGCAGAGAAUAUCCACCCCAUGACUCCUGUCCCUCCUCAGGGCUGGGCCCAGCUGCAGAAAUGUGGCAAAAAUAAAAUAAAAUGAGAAAUGUUUUCUGUGGUGGUAUUGAAUCUCCCAUAAGACUAAAGGAGCUAUGUAUUCCAUGACAAAAAUCAUCAUCUCCAGGGUUAUGAAGUGAGUGUGCAAUAUACUUGUAUUAAUGCACAACCGAAUAUAAAAAAAAUACAUGGGCUGCUUUGCAGAGCAAGUGUGGAACUGUAAAAAUGUACAGUCGGGAUGUUGUGGUGUUAUGAUGGAAGUUUGUGUAGUAGGCCUUGGUAGUGUUUGGCUGCUGACAGUUCUCUUAAGGAGCUCAAACUUCUGUUCUCAGUAACAGAACUGCAGCCACUCCCCUCCAACUGACCAGGAUUCUCAUUAUUUAUUUAAAAAUAAAGCAAUGUACUUUUGUUAUUGGUUCAUAGUUAUAGCAAAACAUAUGAUUUAUUUUCUCAUCUUGUUUUUUGAAAUAAUAAUUUUGAAUUUUUUUUUUUUUCUGAAGUCAUAAAUAAAGCCAUUACAUACUGUUGAA